AUGACUGUCUCUAAAUACAAACGUUCCCUCAAGAAAAAGCUUCACUGCGAGUGCGGUGCAGCUCUGAGCAUCCUGAGGAAGGAGAACAGCUGUUUGAAGAACAUCCUCACUGAGCUUUUCCGUGAACACUCACAGCUUUACAAACUUGUCCAGGCCUUCCUUUGUCUUGAAAUGUUGAGGCUAGAGAGUUACCAGCCAGCUGUAGAUGAAGAUCAAAAUGAAGAUGUGGAUGAAGAUGAGGAUGAAGAUCAAAACGAAGACGUAGAUGAAGAUGCGAACGAAGCUGUAGAUGAAGAUCAAAACGAUGCUGUAGAUGAAGAUCAAAACGAAGACGCAGAUGAAGAUGCGAACGAAGCUGUAGAUGAAGAUCAAAACGAAGACAUAGAUGAAGAUCAAAACGAAGACGUAGAUGAAGAUCAAAAUGAAGAUGAUUCCUCUUCUGAUGAACAGCCUUCCUACACUGAUGAAGAUGUGACAGAGCUCAGAAAUCAACUCAUAGAUGCCUUGGAAAAGAACAGGCAGUGGCUGGAAUAUGACCAGAAGAGAGAGGCCAAUGCGAAGGCGGUUCUGGACAGAAUGUUAUGGCUGGAGAAUUAUCUGAAUGAAGCCAAUCAGGCCCGUUCACAGCAGCACAAUGAGGCGCAUUCAGAUGUGAAGGAAAAAAUGGCUGAGAUGCAGGAACAUUAUGAAAAACUCCUGCAGAAAGCAAAAGAUGAGCUGGAAGUGUUGAGAGAACAGUUAGACGUGACCCAAAAGCAACUGAUAACCACCCAGAACUGGUGCAAGGAAAAGGAAAAAGAAGUGGAGGCUCUCAGACAGCAGCUGGAUGAUCCCGACGACUUGGAGGACGAGGAGGAAGAGCUGAGAAACGAGCCCGAAGAGCCCCAGAGCAGGCUCGAUAAGGAGAAGAGAUCGGUUCGCUUCAUGAUGCAGAAACUGACAUUGAAUCGUCAGGUAGCGGACCAGAAAAAGAUUGAAGACCUGCAGCGGCAGAUCAAGAUUUCUACAAAAGAUCUUGAAGAUGUGAGGCAGGAUUGUUUGUAUUUAAAGAAGCUACUGGUCAAAGUCUUGAAGAUGCUACACAAAAAUAAAGAAAAGGCUGCAAAGGAGUCAAAGGAAGAGGAGCAGGCUCACGGCUCGUGUGAAGUGGUCCACCCCACGUCCAGGCUCACCUUCGACAACAUGACCUCCACACCUCGGAGGAGCCUGCUGGAGGAAAGCUUCCUGGAGUGUCCCAAGUGCCAGGCCGAGUACCCAGCCACUCAGUACCAGGAACUCCUGGCCCACAUCGACGUCUGUGACGCCUGA